UGGUAUAUAUUCUGCUACACUAACCUGGUCCGCCACCAACUCUUCGAAGUACCACUCCGGAUUUUGUCAGCUCUACAUACCCAUCAUCAUAACGUCGCCAUGAAUUCACCGCGCAGCUAUGGAGGCUCAUCUUCAAUUUCUCUUGGAGGAGGGUAUCAGAGCCGCAUCGCAUCACGGUCACCAGGUAUCUAUGCUGGUGCAGGGGGACAGAGUGUCGGAGUAUCUUAUGCUUGUGGCACAAAAAGUGGUUUUGACCUGUCCAGUGCUCUUGGAGGUGACAACGGCAGCUAUGGUGACGGAGCAUCGGCCAACGGGAAAGCCACCAUGCAGAAUCUUAACGAUCGUUUGGCCACCUACCUGGAGAAGGUGCGCGCUUUGGAGAACGCAAAUGCAGAGCUCGAGCGUCAAAUCCGUGAGUGGCGCAGUGCGAUGACACCGGUCAACAGGGACUACAGCAAAUACAUGGUUACAAUUGCUGAUCUUCAGAAACAGAUCAGUGCUGCCACCCUAAACAACGCCAACAUCAUCCUGCAGAUAGACAAUUCCAAACUUGCAGCAGAGGACUUCAGACUCAAGUUUGAGAAUGAGCUGAUGAUGCGUCAGUCUGUGGAGGCAGACAUUGCUGGACUAAGAAAGGUUCUGGACGAUCUGACCAUGAGCCGGUCAGAUUUGGAGAUGCAGAUCGAGGGGCUAAAGGAGGAGCUUGUCUACCUCAAAAAGAACCACGAGGAGGAGUUGGCAGCCAUGCGGGCCAAUAUGAGCUCCAGCUCAGUCGACGUGACAAUGAAUGCAGCACCUCAGCAGGACAUGGCCAAAAUGAUGGAGGAGAUCCGGACUCAGUACGAGGGCAUAGCUGAGAAGAACCGCCGGGAAAUGGAGGCCUGGUACAAGGACAAGUUUGAUGAGCUAAACAAGGUGGUGACUUCCAGCACAGAGACUCUCCAGACAUCCCGCACUGAAAUCAACGACCUCAAGAGGCUAUUGCAGGCCUUGCAGAUCGAGCUUCAAUCCCAGCUAAGCUUGAAAGGGGCCCUGGAGGGACAGUUGUCAGAAACUGAGUCCCGCUACAGCAUGCAGCUGAGCCAGCUCCAGGGUGUCGUCAAUGGCCUGGAGCAGGAGCUGGGACGCAUGAAGACGGACAUUGAGAGGCAGGCCAGCGAGUAUCGCAUGCUACUGGACAUCAAGACACGUCUGGAGAUGGAGAUCGCAGAGUACAGGAGGCUGCUGGACGGGGAGGAUACUGGGAAAACUGUUGUCACCAAGAAGGUUGAAGUCACCAAGAAGGUUGAAGUCACCAAUAAGGCUGAAGUCACCCAGAAGGUUGAAGAAGUUGAGGUCAAAAAACCGGAGCCGGUAAAGACAAAGAGAGUGAGGAUGGUGAUUGAGGAGAUAAUCGAUGGAAAGGUGGUUUCCCGAACAGAAGAGGUGGAUACAGCAACUCUGUAGAAAUAGAGACUUCCACUCAUCCAAACCCACCCCACUUGCCGAAAAUGUCUGGUUCAGCAAUAUAUAUAUAUAUAUAUUUAGUUUUACAAAUAAACACUUAAC